CAUGCGUGGUUUUCCCCACACGGCCAGUCAUCGCUCUGUUUGAGUGUGUGUGAGUGUGUGUUGGUCGAGGUGGCAGAUAAACGAGCAAAACACACACACACACACACACACACCGGCUCCGUUACAUCCGUGAUCUCUGGACGGACAUCCCGAAAUUUACCUGGUCGGAAGUGAGGGACUCCGGAAACCGGCCGAUCCUGCGUCAUGACCGAGCUCUCAGCCAAUGGCUGCACCCAGCUGACCUUGACCUUUGCCUUCACCCUGCUCCUUGGUCUGUUAUGUUGGCCCUCAGGAGAGGUCAGGGGUCAGACAGGGCUCCCUCCUGCUCUGAUCCUGCAGGACCUGCUGAGCCGCUAUGGAGAAAACGGCACCAUUUCAGUGCCGCAGCUCCGGUCGCUCCUCGCUCACCUCGGCGCCGCAGAGCGGAGAAACCACCUCAGACCCCACGUCCAGGACCACCACCAAGUCCACGACUGUUUAGCCGCAGGCACUCUGGCAGCUCAUGGUCUAAGUGAGAAGUCGCGUUUGAACGGACCGGGUCUGCAGGAGUUCUGUCCCACCAUGCUGCAGCAGCUCGACUCUCGGCUGUGUCGGGAUGAGCAGAGGCAGGAACCCGAACCGAGCGCCAAGCCGUCCAACGCUGAAGUGUGGGGUUACGGGUUCGUGUGUGUAACGGUGAUCUCGCUGUGUUCGCUGCUCGGCGCCAGCGUGGUGCCCUUCAUGAAGAAAACCUGUUACAAACGCCUGCUGCUCUACUUCAUAGCUCUGGCCAUCGGCACGCUUUAUUCCAACGCGCUCUUUCAGCUCAUCCCCGAGGCGUUCGGUUUCAACCCCAUGGAGUCGUACUACGUGUCCAAAUCCGCAGUGGUCUUCGGAGGCUUCUAUCUGUUCUUCUUUACGGAAAAAGUCCUCAAGAUGAUUCUCAAACCCAAACACAGGGGAGAACACGGUCACAGUCAUUUGCCCGUGGGAAGCCGUGAUAUGGAGGACGGAGUGAUGGAGAAGCUGCAGAACGGAGAGUCAGGAGGAGCAGUGUCCUUGCCUCGAGUUGACGGAGAGAUCAGGGAGGACGAUAAAAUGCUGAGUGCCGGACAAGCGGCGCAGGACUCUCAGGGAGGGUGUUACUGGUUAAAGGGUCAAGCGUACUCUGAUAUCGGCACCCUGGCGUGGAUGAUCACCCUCAGUGACGGACUCCAUAACUUUAUAGACGGUUUGGCCAUCGGGGCUUCGUUCACGGCAUCUGUGUUUCAGGGAAUCAGUACAUCAGUGGCCAUCCUGUGUGAGGAGUUUCCCCAUGAACUGGGUGACUUUGUGAUCCUACUGAACGCAGGAAUGAGCAUCCAGCAGGCUCUGUUCUUCAACUUCCUGUCCGCGUGCUGCUGUUAUUUAGGAAUGGGAUUCGGGAUACUGGCGGGAAACCAAUUCUCGCCGAACUGGAUCUUCGCCCUGGCAGGAGGCAUGUUCCUCUACAUCGCCCUGGCUGACAUGUUUCCUGAGAUGAACGAAGUGAGUCGCGAGGAAGAGGAAGUCGGAGGAAGCGCGCAGCUCGUGACCUUCGCCAUCCAGAACGCCGGCUUGCUAACCGGCUUCAGCAUCAUGCUCCUCCUGACCAUUUACUCAGGACAGAUACAGCUCGGAUAGCGCCGGAAAACACAAUGAACUGACUCAGCUUGACCUUUAACCUUUAAAUCCCCCGACCCAACCACCAUCCCACUUCCCUCGGAUUUAAGAUCUGCCCUGAUGAGACUCUGUUUUGACGGAACUCGGAGGAGCUGCUGAUGAGGCUCGAUGAGAACGAAAUAAAACUCGCUCUGAGCCAAUACAGAUUCUAUAAAAAAAAGAAAAGAAACUGACGUACAAAA